UCGAGACAGCAUCUGAUGCAAUGGUCGUGGAUCUCUCAAAGAAGAAUAUGGGCGACUUUCUGGGAGAGGCAAAGAAGGUGAUGGAGGCCCUGGAUGUUCUGCAACAGGUUCACCCGUUUGUUGGUGUGGCUAUACUCGCUUUCAAGGCUGUCGUGAAUCUUGAGCUAACAAGAAGGGAAAACGAUCGUAGAGUUGGAUUGAUGUUAGCUCAAGCAUCUGACAUGAUGACCAUGCUUCUCCAACUUCAGGACACUAGAGAUCCUGCCAUUGUGGGACCUCACGGCAACAUCCGGGGACGAUUGGAUCGUGUCCUGGACGGCAUCAAGCAAGAUAUCGAGGAUUGUGGAAAUGCCAUUGACAAAUACUACAAGUCAAAAUUCAUGGUGAAAUUCUUCAGGUCCUCUCAUUGGGCGAGCGAGUUCCUGAAAGUUUGCAGCAGCUUUUGCCAGCGUACGCGGGACCUCCAACUCGCCUUAAAUAUCAGGACGACAUUGAGAGUUGAUAUUGUCAUGGAGAAGCUAGACAAGCUUAUCCAGACACAAAGCGAUCGCGAAGAAAAAUUCGAGAAAGAAGUGCAGAUGCGCGGUGGAAGAGAGAAAUGUUUGGAAAGCGAAGACAAACUAAUGGAACUCCUGAAAAUCGCUGAGCAACGGGAAGGGCGUCCACAGAAUAAAGCGCAUUCUGAUGCUCCUACCAAAGAUGUCAACAAGCCUACUUCGAAGACCAACCGCCUUGAUGCAUCGCUGCUUUACGAACUGCGUGCUCCGUUACGCAACUUACUUGACGAGAAUCGUGCACUAUUCAUGUUCAAGCUUGAUACACAGACAUCCGACAUCAAAGAUGCCAUCAAGGAUUCUGAAACGCGCAUCAUGUGGGCCUUCAACAGCAGAUUUCGACAGGUCAAGGAUCCGCACCUCCGAUAUAUCUGGAAAGAGAUGAAAUGGACAACAAGUGUCAAGACGCCAUACUUCAUUGCAGAACUGCAUGAUUAUUACCUGAAUCGUUUCUCCCGCCUCCGUCAUGAUGCUCCGUUCUCAGAAGCAGUGUCAGAUGCUUCAUCUUUGGUACCGCGAGUCCUAUCUCCAACUCCCACUGUCUCUGUCAUGUCCGAUUCAGAAGGAGAAGACCAUGAGCUUCCAGCAGCAUACUACAAACUUCCUACUGUCGACCCUGCAGAUAAAUGGUGCUUGAAAUAUUUGUCCGUUUUCUACGUUCCAAGUUUAUCCGAAGGCUUCGAUGGCGAUGCGAAUGGCUUGGUCAGUGUGAGGGAGGUGAAUACUUUUACGUCUGCAAUCCCAUUGAGUUGGACUCUGCCGAAAGCACUUGCAUACUGGGCUGCAGGCUGGAGAGUGGAUAGCCAAUACUAUCAUGCACGAAUUGAACAAGUCUUGAACAGCAUGGUGUAUGCGCAAGAAGAUGUACUUCCAGAAAAUAGGAGGUGUAUCGCCACAUACUUGAACUCAUAUGUCAUCGAUGGUAUCAAAAGGCUUGUCCGUUCUCUUGCAGAACUUGGAUCAGAGUGUUGGGACUUGGAUCUUGCGCAACUGACUGCUCAGCGUCGCAAGGCUCAGGAGGAGACAUUGGCGGAUAAGCUUAAAACCGUCAAGUACGAAAUCGACUCCAGAGAUUCUAUUAAACUGUUCGGAUCUGGUCGCAUCGAAAAUUUCUUGCUGCCUUUACUGUACCUUGUAAUCAAGAGGCAUUUACAGAUCAUGAAACUUGCCAGCACAGUGACUCUUGUCGAGAGAGAACUUGAGUCUGCGACUCAAACGUUGGGAAAUAUCUUGGAAGGGGUGUCUCUGCGCGUGGACCAACUGGCAGAGUCAUUUCGUCAGCAGGGUAACUAUCCAAAAGCGAGAUUCGCGUGGUAUGCGCAUGGCUUAUACAACUUUUGGUACAGUCCAGAAUUAACCACAGACGACGCCGAAUACUGGGAAAGUCACAAUUUUGGGCUUGAUGACACUGAGCUGGAGAUCGAUUCAACAGCAUUGAAGCUUGGUCCUUUCAGUCUGACAGAGGACAAUGGAGCGGUUGGAAGACCCGUGAAGUUCAUCGCAUUUAAUCCCGGUCAGCAGCCUGAAGACCCCAUGGAAGAAUAUAUCCGUUUGCGAUGCAUGAAUGACCUGCACAAUACGUGGAACUUCUACCCUCACGAUAUCCCGCCUUACCUAUCGUCGACCGACAAAGAAAGGUUUAAUACUCUGUCCAAAGAGCUACCACCCACAGAUAUCGAGCAUUGGAAUUUAUUAGCUGAACUGCAGAUGCGCGGACGAUUGUUCGAAUGUCAGUGUGAUGCAUGUCAUUACCUUGUCAGUGAUGUCCUUCACCGUUGUAUAGACUGCGAGUCCAACGACUAUGAUGUGUGUGUAGAUUGUGAAUCUCAGCCGGUCUCAGAUCACAAAUUCCCAUCCGGGCACAAGUCAACGCAUAACAUGCUUGUUUUCCGCAUGUCGCUACCUCGCGAUCGCUGCAACCGGAUUCGGCAGUAUGCCAGGGAAUUCUUCUCCACUCUCUUGCCUGCCGCAGCACCGCCAGACGCACCAUCGUCUGCGCGAGAAGACGAAUCCAAAACGCAGCCAGAUGGACCUGAACUUCCGCAUCCGGCAGAUGCCACUCGAGCAGAUGAUUCUUCCGCCUUUGUCGAUUUACAGGAAGGUGAUGAGAAGUUAAAUGGGAACCCGGAAGUAACACUUGGGGAGAUAGCUGGAACCUCAGUCGUGAAUGAGGAUGCCUAUGCUUGUGCUGAAUGCGGCGUCAAGAUGAAGGGCAUUUUUUAUGUAUGCCUCACCUGCGCAGAACUCCAUUUCGCAAUUACCCUAUGCGGUGAUUGUGCAUUUCGCGACGUGUUCAACGUGGUCACAAAGCACCACCCUUACAAACACUGGCUGGUCAAGAUUAAAGACCGGGUUCGAGAUAUGGACAUCGGAACAUCGGACGAACCUUUGGAUAAUGUGGACGAGACCGCGUCACUUUCCUUACGAGUCGACAAGCUGACUGCAAUGGUGGAAUCUCGCUUCGUGGAACAGGAUCUCCGCCUUAGUGCACUUGUCACGCAGAUUGAUCAGCUCGUGCGUAGUCUAGCUGCAUUAACGGGGAAAGCACAGCUUCCCUCUGAAUCGGUCGCUGUUUGAUUAGCUCAUAAAUUGGUAGAAACGUCAUUGAUUCUUGCAGUGUCUCAGCGAG